UGAGGUUCAAUAAUAUUUUGAUAUUAUCGGUCCCAGAUUUGACACAUUACUUUGAAGUUGAUUCAAAAUAUAUGAUCUUAAAACACCAAAAGACAUAUCUUAUAAUUCUUUUUAUUUGAAUAAAAAAUCAAAAUUGUGAAUGUUAUUUGUGUAUGAAAAAUAAUUAUGCAUAAGACAAUUAAUUUACGAAACAAAUUUAUUUCAGAUCUCUUGACAAAGACGUCAAGCUUCCACAAUUUACAGACGAGUGUACAAAUUGGUGGAAAGAAUUUCUGGCUAGUGAAAUUCUGGGUUCAAACGAAGAAACUUGGCCAACGUUGAAUCGAACUACCGAAGUAGACCCGAUGUCAACUUUAAGUGAAAAAGAAUUAGACUUGAUUGAAAAGUACAAAGAAAAGAGAUCGGAAUUCAAGGAGGUUUUCACAAAACAAGGGACAGACAGAAGAAAGUACAAGAAAAAUGACAUGGUGGUCGUAAAAAUUUCUAAGACAAAAGUUAACAUUGGUGAAGUGCGCAGUGUAAAUGGGGAAGACCUUGAAUUGAACAUUUUCAAAAGGAAUAAGGGUUGCUUCACGAGUACUGAUCAUAUUGUCAGUGUUAAACUAAGUUCCUGUUUUGCUACUGGUUUUCAAUUAACUAACAGUAAAAACAUUCCAUCAAAGAUUAAAGAGAGAAUCGCGCAGGAAAAUCUUAAGUUAGUGUGAUUCACAAGAUGCAUUACAUAAAUAGAGAUGCCAAGAAUAUCGAGAUUUUCAAUACAUGA